AAACUAUGCAAUUGUAGAAGUUUCUGAUGAACAUCCUAAAGAUGAAUUACUUUUCAGCUUUGGUGACAUUGAGAUCACUAGGGAUCACUUCAUCUCGCUCAGUGUUGGCCAAGUUGAAAAUAUCUUCUUAGAUGUAUGGGCAUUGAGGCUCUCAAUGCUUGACAAAGAACGUGCACCCGGGCAACCGAAGAGGGUAUUUUUCAGCACAAUUGCCUACUUACAACUAGAUCCACCUAAGAAUGGAUGAAAUGUCUCCCGAUGGAAAAAAUGAAACACAACUUCUAUGAACGGAUGACAUAUGACAUUGAGCGCCUACAAAAUUUGGACAUAACUGAUGCAGACCUGAUAUUUUUUCUAGUGCUUCGUCACGGGCACUAUUUUCUCAUUUGCAUCAAUAUUAAAGCUUCAAAAGUUGAAAUAAUUGACAACAAGGCCUUAGUCUGUGGUGUUACCAUGAAAGACAAGUAUGGAGAUUGCACAACCCUCUUGGUUACAACUUUAAAAGAAUACCUAGCAUUGGGGUCAUUUGACCUAUUCUGGAAGGUGGAUGAGCUAACCGAAGAGGUUGUUGACAUAAAUUGGAAAGAAUCAGAAAAUUAUAUUGACUGCGGACUAUUUGUAAUGCGGCAUAAGGAAACAUACAACGGGACAAUGCAGAAAUGGAACCCGGGAUUCAGAAAGAAAGCAAACUUAAAUGAAGAUUUCUUAAUUGGAUUGAGGGCCAGGUAUGCCGCAACAAUCAUAAGGUGGCGUGCCAACACAUUGAAAAACAUUGUGAUCAAGAAAACCAAACUGUUGUACAACAAGAAAUGAAUAGCUUGUACUCAAAUGUGAAUAUCCAAUAGUUCCUUGUACUCCUAUAGAACUAUGUUCUAAUCAUUUUUUGU